CAAACAGUCAGGAGACGUUAUGGCGGUCGUGCUGGUGUUGGUUGUGUAUGGCUAAGAAAACUUUAGUUGUAGGUCAAAUGCAGCGAAUUUUUGGAGCCUUGCAGUUUUGAAGCACGACAUGAUGUCACGAACUAUGCCUUUUGAAGCAGAAGGAGAAAAUGGCCACAGAUGAUAUUUGAGUGAGUCUCGGCGUCUGGAAACAGAUUGGAUAUUCAUGUUCCCUGCGAACAGCAUCAUUUUUAAACAAGUUCUAUGCAAAUUAGUUUGCCCCUUACAAAGGCAGUUAAUGUAUGUCGUCUGUUUUAAUGCCAGUGAAGUAGGUGCAUUUACAUGUGGAGAGUUAACUUUAAGAAAGAAAACAAAAUCCAGGCGGAAAACUACCUGAUGGCCAACAGGAAGUCAGUAAUUAUGGUUAUACAGGGAAUGAACAAUGUGGGAGACAGGGAAGGAAAUGGUUCCCAAAGCGAAAAACACUUAAGAUUUUAUUUCUAAUUCUGAAAAUAGAUGUGAUUGUGCUCGAACACUUCGUACCAGCAGUGGCAAAUCUCGUAGUGAGUGGCACCAAAUUACGUUCAGGACACCACGUGGGAUAACGUCAGGGCAAAGAUGGUACUUCUGCCGUACUUCCUGAUUAUCGAUGACAACAUUGUCGAUGAUGAUGUUGAAGACCAGUUUGGUGUGGAUCCUCACCCUCAGUUACCAGGCACUCAGCCUCACAAGACUGAUGAUACUUUCAAGAAUGCGAAUUGAAUGGUGCAAAAAUCAAGUGACGCAUUGGCUUCUACACCUAAACGUGAACCUCAUGCUGCACCAUUCAAAGACCAGUGCACACAAACGCGUUGAGGUGGAAAGUCGAAAACUUCUCGGUAGAUGGCUUAAGAUGUCUCACCCAUCCCCGCUUGGUCGCGACAUACUUGGAGUUCUUUGUCUUAUUUCCACCUGUUUGAUACACCACCUCUUUAUCCUUGGGAAUAAAAAGGUGAAGCUGGAGAUAGCUAAUGGGAGUCAGCGAAGUUUGUCGUCACUGAUACUGAUUGUCUGUCUUUACGGAUGUAUUCCGUUCAUCUUCUCCUCGCACCCAAACCAGGAGCUCAGCAUGGAGAGCAAAGCCCUAGAUUUGCCUGACCUCAAAUGCUGUCAUAUUCUGUGCGAUAUAGCCUUAAGAGACGUUAUCAUCAAGUGUUCAACAGUAGCCCUCAAAGCGUCUGUAGCUGCAAUCCCUGCUGGCUGGCUGCGCUAUGAGAGUAGAGGAGAAUGGUAUCUACUUCUGGAAGCCAUAUCCCAGAUGUACCGGAGCGUGGCCCCAAUCCAGCCAUGGCUGAAUAUUCUUAGCAUAUAUGCAAAAGAAUAUGAAUAUUUUGCUGUUAUAGUGUACAUAAUUAUCAAAGGAAUGAUGUUGUAUCCCGCAUUACGACUGUUGGUAGUUGCACUUUGGAUUUUGCUUCGGAAUCAGGGUAUUUGUAUGAUGGCAAAUCCAGACCAAGUGCAAAAUGCUGGGAGCAGUUGUUCAGUUUGCAGGUCAGCAUAUGUAGAACCUCUGUGCCUACCAUGUGGCCACAUUUUUUGUAAAAUAUGUAUAUGCAAGUGGUAUAAAGGGCACGAAACAUGCCCAAAUUGCAGAGCAUUAAUUAAGAAUUUUAACGGACAAUGGAUCGAUGGGUCCACUGCAUCUUUUUUCAAAAAUUUUUAAAAUUUAUUAAGACUAUAUAGAGAAGUAAGGGUAAGUGAUUUUAGUUUAAAAGAAAUUUUCCAUAUUUUUUUAUCUCCAUUUGAAACUGGUUAAGUCUAAAAGUCAAAAUUUGUUAUUACUGUGUGAACCUUUGAAUUCUACAGCAAUGGGACAUGGUUCAAAUAUCAGCAAUGAUAUUUACACUUCUAUUUGCACUCUAACUCAAUUUAAAAGUACAUAAAUAAACAUUAUUUUCCUUAAAAGCUAA